ACCACUACACUCUAGCCUGGGCAACAGAACGAGACUCCGUCUCAAAAAAAAAAAAAAAAAAAAAAGUGACAAUGUAGGAUACCCUUUCAUUGGCAAAUAUUUACUGUGAGUAGAACAAUGUGCUAAGUCUAUAAACUGCAAAGAGGAGUGGGGCUCGGUUCCCAUCCUCUGGGGCUUACAAGGUAGCUGAAGUAAAACUCAAACCACAAAGUGAAGUUAAUAGUCACCAAUGAACUACAUAGUUAGUAAGCUCUCCACUGGUUCGGAAGAGGGCAAGAGUAACAAGACAGUAAUCCUAAAGGAGAUGGACUUGAGUUUGAGCUGGACCUGAAGUCAGGAGCUGGAGUGAGUAAAGGCAGAGGGGUGGGAACAUUUGUGAACCAAAGCUCAGGUGGGGGUUACAGCAGGCAGGGUGGGGAUAGAUUGGGAUGACUUUGAAUGUUAUGCCACUCUAAGGACUUCGGACUUGACUCUACAAGCAAGGUGGAAUUAUUAAGAGGUUUUGAGUAGAAAUGAUGUGAGCUGAACAGUGCUUUUGAGAAACUAAAUCUAUCAGGGAUUGGUGCUCCAAAUUAAUUGGAUGUGUUUCAGACUUGAGAUCAUGAGACCCUAACCCAGGCUGGGGACAGUGGGAUGUCUCCAUCAUACAUUAUAUUCCUGUGAAUACUUCUCAGGGAUUCAUAUGAAAUUGUGCCUCAAUGUGCCUACCUGUCUCUGCACUGUAAGACAAUGAUAUUGUGAUCCUGUGUGCUGCUUGGAACCAGCCUCAUUCCUUUAGCACCCCAGUUUGGACUUGGAAUAGGCCCAAGAGUGGCCUGUACACAAACCUCAAAGAAUCCAUGUGGCAUAGAUGUAAAAGCUGGGAGGAAUCUUGGAGCCCUCCAAGUCCUCCUCUUCAACUUAGAAAGAAGCUAAAUCUUGCUCAUCUCCCCAGUGACAGAUUCAGCAUGUGGCCUCAGAUCUUCCUGUGCUCCAGCAGUGCUUCUGAGGCCAGUUCAAAUUCUGCUUUGAGGUGUGCGUGUACCAAUUCUGGUGCAAUCCAGAAGCAUUUUGGACGAAUGAAGGAGUUGUUUAUGUUUUCUUGCCCUAAUUGAGAUAGUUGAAGCUGCUCUCCCUUACUCUACACCAAGCCCCCAGAUCUGGUACCUCCCUGAGUCCCUGACUUCAUCUCUGCCAAUUCCCUGCCUUGCUGCUUCCCCCACAACACCCUAUUAUUUCUUGCAUCCUGCCAUUGGUUGUGUUGUCCUCAUUUUCUGAAGCCUUUACCUCCCGUCUUAGGCCUCAUCACCUCCAGGAGACUCUCCAUGGCCUCAGCCCCUCCCUUAGGUGGACCAAGCUUCCUCCUUGGAGCUCCAUGCUACCCUGCAUAGGGCUCAGUCACUGUGUCUCCAUGAUGUCUUACAAUUGUCUAUUUGUGUGUCUGCCUCCUAUCCUUCAACUGUGAGCUCCCUGAGGAAAGAAAGUGUGGGUACGCAUCAUUGAAUACUCAGCGUCUAGCACAGUGCCUGGUACACGCUAGGUAUUGAAAUGUCUGAUAAAUAAAUGAAUGACAGUUGCAUAUUUGUCUUCUUGGUAUAUUCAUUCAUUUGAUAAAUAUUUAUUGAGUAAUUACUUAUAAUCGAAUUGGCGCUGUGUAGUUACACUUAAACAUCAAAAUAAACCUAUCCUCUCAAGCUCCAAAUUAUGCAUGCAUAAAUUAUACAUGUGAAGUGUUAACAUGCACACGCAGCAGAGAGUGUGCGUAUCUACAAAUACCAGAGCUAGCAAAUGAAAUAAACUGUGUGCCAGAUGUCCCGAAAUUUACAAAGAACCAAGAACCAAAAAUGACAGUUAGCUCCGUAAGCCCAACAAAAGAAAAAAAAAAAAAAAGGAAAAGAGCAAAAAAGCAAAAGAACAAAGGAACCUUGAGCAUAAGGAAGUGGCUAUGGUUUUUUCUACAUGCUCAAGCCGGGGGUGGGGAAGAGUCAUAAAACCUUUCUGUGCUGGACCGGUUCAUGUUAAGUCUGAGUUCCUCAAUCGCUGGUUCUCAGGAGCUGUUUGGAAAAUUCAUUGCCAUGCACGAGUCGGGGGAUUGGUUUUUUUCCACUGGAAAUUGUUAAUGGGGACUGCAUUAGCGGCCCCUUAUCGCUUUGCCUGAUAGAGAGACAGCAGGUUCGCCCAAACAAUUCUGGAAUCCUGAUCACUGCCAAUUAGGGGAGUAUUGUCUGGCUGACAUAAUCAACUUCACGUUACAGCAUGGAAGCUGUCGCCAAGUUUGAUUUCACUGCCUCAGGUGAGGAUGAACUGAGCUUUCACACUGGAGAUGUUUUGAAGAUUUUGAGUAACCAAGAGGAGUGGUUUAAGGCGGAGCUUGGGAGCCAGGAAGGAUAUGUGCCCAAGAAUUUCAUAGACAUCCAGUUUCCCGAAUGGUUUCACGAAGGCCUCUCUCGACACCAGGCAGAGAACUUACUGAUGGGCAAGGAGGUUGGUUUCUUCAUCAUCCGGGCCAGCCAGAGCUCCCCAGGGGACUUCUCCAUCUCUGUCAGGCAUGAGGAUGACGUUCAACACUUCAAGGUCAUGCGAGACAACAAGGGUAAUUACUUUCUGUGGACUGAGAAGUUUCCAUCCCUAAACAAGCUGGUGGACUACUACAGGACAAAUUCCAUCUCCAGACAGAAGCAGAUCUUCCUUAGAGACAGAACCCGAGAAGACCAGGGUCACCGGGGCAACAGCCUGGACCGGAGGUCCCAGGGAGGCCCACACCUCAGUGGGGCUGUGGGAGAAGAAAUCCGGCCUUCGAUGAACCGGAAGCUGUCGGAUCACCCCCCAGCCCUUCCCCUGCAGCAGCACCAGCACCAGCUACAGCCUCCGCAGUACGCCCCAGCGCCCCAGCAGCUGCAGCAGCCCCCACAGCAGCGGUAUCUGCAGCACCACCAUUUCCACCAGGAACGCCGAGGAGGCAGCCUUGACAUAAACGAUGGGCACUGUGGCACCAGCCUGGGCAGUGAAAUGAAUGCAGCCCUUAUGCAUCGGAGACACACAGACCCAGUGCAGCUCCAGGCAGCAGGGCGAGUGCGGUGGGCCCGGGCGCUGUACGACUUUGAGGCCCUGGAGGAUGACGAGCUGGGUUUCCACAGCGGGGAGGUGGUGGAAGUCCUGGAUAGCUCCAACCCAUCCUGGUGGACCGGCCGCCUGCACAACAAGCUGGGCCUCUUCCCUGCCAACUACGUGGCACCCAUGACCCGAUGAACCCUUCAGGGGACAGAAGCUUUUUGUCUGGAGCUGCCCACAAGGAAGGGGGCAAGGAAAAAAGGCUGGACUCCAUGACUAUAUAUACAUACAUCUAUCCGUGUCUGCCUGUGCACACACAACAUUUUAUACUAGUAAUUUAUUGGCAAUUGGGCUGGUAAUUAGUUGAUGCAAAAGGGAACUCAGGUGGAGAAGAAUAUUCACACUUGCUUUUCUGCUCCCCUCAGGGGUGUGUGGAAGGCACUGGGGGAGUUGGGAGGGGGGCAGGGAGAUGAAAUGGAGCUUUGUCCUGGCCUUCAGCUAUCACUGCUUCCUCCUUGUCUUGGGAAUUUUCACGGAGAACAGCUAAGCAGAGACUGCACCUCGGCAUUGGACACAGAACAACAGGGUGGGGUUGAACAUGGUGGGGCACGUUCUAGCUGACCUGCAAGCCCCGCUCACCUGGAGGGCUUGCAGGGCAGCUCUCCUCCUAUUCUCCAAGGGGUGGGCACUGCUGCAUUGGGAAUUAAGGUGCAGCUCAGUGCCACGGGCAGCCAAGCCAGUCUGAGCAGGGAUGUGGAGGCAGGACGGGGUUGGAGAGACUCUGCCUGUGCGAGGCUGGCCUCCUAGUCAACACCUAGCUGAGACAUCCAUCUCUGUUCAAAUUAAUAUUCCUUGGGUCUUUCAAACGAAUGUUCCAAUGUGAGGAGCCAAGUCCUGGGAAAUCAAGGGAUUUUCCAUGAUCCCCAAGCAGCUUACUCUGUGUAACCUCUACUUCCCCAGCUAUGAAGGAAAUAGCAUCCUAGACUCCAUAAAGAGCUUGGAGAAGCUCUGGCUGAGAAUGCUGAAUGUUAGAGUCAUUGUUUUAUGGUUACAAGAGUGUGUCUUCAGGGCUGUGUUCAUUUUCCCUCUUGAUUUUGUUUUGAAGAUGCCUUGCCCAGUGGCAUGGAAAGAAGCCCACUUAAUAAGAGCACUGACUGUGGAUUGAUUGACUAAAUAUGACCCCAGGUGGAAGCUGGCUUUUAUGUGAGCUCCCUGUUCAGUCUGACCAUUGCUGUCCUCCUGCCACCCAAGAGUUGCACCUGGAGUAAGGAACCCCACCAUGGCUGUCCCUCUCCAUCCCCUCAAGCUAGAAUCAUGUGUCCAAGUGCUCACCCUGCAGGUGCGCAGCAGACGUCAGCCUGGCCAGGGACGAAGGAAACACUGGAGAGGAAGCUCAGGGCCUUAGAGGAGGCCAGGCGCAAACCCUUUCUUCACCAAGGGCACUCGGAGUUUGUGGGUGUGGGUGUGUACCCCGCGGGUGUGCCCAUGUGUGCUUGCAGGCACAUAUGUGUGCACUCCUAUGUGUAUACAUGUGUGCUUGUGUGUGCAUGUGUGCAUUCCUGUAUGUGUGGACAUGUGUGCGCAUGCAUCUGUGUGUCUGUGUGGUGAGACAGGCAAGAGGGGAGAAAGUGUUGGUGAGGGAGCCUGGAAGUUUUCUCUUCCCCAGCCUCUCUCGCUCUAAGGAGGGACGGGGUUGGGGGCAGCCAUUAUUGCAGGUGAUUGGAGAAGAAAGAUUUUCUGACUCAGAAGUAACUGCCAGUGUAGCACAAGCAGUGUCCCUUGUGACUCUGAUUCUACAGUUCUCUGAUCCCCAUGUUUCCUUUAGUGGAAAGAGGAAAAAGGAACUCGUGGUGGGUAUAGGGAGGGAAAAGAAAAUAGCCUGGUGGAGGCAGGGGGGAGUCGAGCCUGAGGAAGGAGUGCCUGCAGCUUUUGGAAGUGAAAGCAGAGACAGGGAAAGGUAGCUAAGACGUCCAGGAGUAUCAAGGGGCAGUGUGAGAGGCACAGGGGGAGGAAGGGGAGAGGGUGAGUGCGGCUAGGGAAGAGAGCGGUGUGGAGUUGGUGGGCAGACGGUGCAGGAGGAGGGCCAGGCAGUGGGGAGAGGAAGAAUCAGAGCAGAGAAACCGCUGCUGUGGAAGGCAGGGAGCAAAGAAGCAUAAGAAAAAGAACAGGAGAAAGAACAAAGGCAGAGAAGACCUCCUCAGCUAUUUUGGUGCUAGGUAAUGUGAAAUGCUGCAGUAAAUAAAAGCCAAAAGUAAUGUUUGAUUUUACAAUAUUUACAAACCAUAUGCUUUAAACAGCCCACAAACUUCAUCCAGUUGUCUGAUGAUGUGGGAGGACCAGCUCUAGUUAGACAGAGGUACGUGAUUGGAUUGUGGUGGAGAUUUUGUGCCUUGAAAGACUUCUCAAGAAAGCAGUAAUAAAACAAAGUGUCCUUGUUUGGCCA